AUGGAGAAAAGGGCUCGGAGCUCCUCCAGAGAGGCCCACGGGAGAGGCAGCGGGUCCUCCCACAAAGAGAACAAGAGGGCGAAGGCCGAGAGGGGCGGCAGAGGCCGCGGGCGCCGGGACGCCGGGCCGGAGCAGCCGGCCCUCGGGCGGGCAGGGAGCCCGAGUGAGCCCCGAGCGCCUGCAGCCACCGUGGUGGACGUGGAUGAGGUCCGGGGCUCUGGCGAGGAGGGCACCGAGGUGGUGGCGCUGCUGGAGAGCGAGCGGCCUGAGGAAGGUACCAAGUCUUCCAGUUUAGGGGCUUGUGAGUGGCUUCUUGUCCUCACAUCCCUGCUCUUCAUCAUUGUGACCUUCCCUUUUUCUAUCUGGUUCUGCAUAAAGGUUAUACAGGAGUAUGAGAGAGUAAUUAUAUUCCGACUGGGACAUCUGCUUCCUGGAAGAGCCAAAGGCCCUGGCCUUUUCUUCUUUUUGCCCUGCCUGGAUACCUACCACAAGGUUGACCUUCGCCUCCAAACCUUGGAGAUACCCUUUCACGAGGUUGUAACCAAAGAUAUGUUUGUAAUGGAGAUAGAUGCCAUCUGCUACUACCGAAUGGAAAAUGCCUCUCUUCUCCUAAGCAGUCUUGCUCAUGUGUCCAAAGCGGUCCAAUUCCUUGUGCAAACCACCAUGAAGCGUCUCCUAGCACAUCGAUCCCUCACUGAAAUUCUUCUAGAGAGGAAGAGCAUUGCACAAGAUGUAAAGGUUGCCUUGGAUGCAGUGACCUGUAUUUGGGGAAUCAAAGUGGAGAGAACAGAAAUUAAGGAUGUGAGGCUGCCAGCCGGGCUGCAGCACUCGCUGGCGGUGGAGGCCGAAGCACAGAGACAGGCCAAAGUGCGGAUGAUCGCUGCGGAAGGGGAGAAGGCUGCGUCCGAGUCCCUGAGGAUGGCAGCCGAGAUUCUGUCAGGCACUCCAGCUGCCGUUCAGCUUCGGUACCUCCACACCCUGCAAUCCUUGUCCACAGAGAAACCGUCCACAGUGGUUUUACCUUUGCCAUUUGAUUUGCUAAAUUUCCUGUCUUCUCCAAGCAGCAGAACUCAAGGAAGCAUCCCUUUACCAAAUCCUUCCAAACCUGUUGAGCCACUGAACCCUAAAAAGAAAGACUCUCCCAUGUUAUAG